GCAUUGGGCAGAGAAGGCAGGGGUGGGGUGAGGGUGGUCAAGCAACUUUUCAGCACUGCAUGCAACGUGUUGACCUAGAUAGGAGCCAAGAGAAGCUGCGAGGAGCCCUCACCGAAGACCCAGCUUAAAGCCUGGGGGGUUUGCAAACAGGGUUCCGGGUAGCUAUUCUAGAGCCAAAAUAGAUCCCUUCAAAAGACAAGGGGGAGCAGGGCAAGGGGCUAUGAUGUGGCCAAAUUUUUUCCUCCAGGACGAGGAGCAGCGCAUGGGGGGGCGCACGCGGGCAGGGGUCAAGCGGCGCAAGGUCCUGACGGACGAGCAAGAGGGCAAGAUCAAGCUGGCCUUCUUCGUGGCCAUCGUGGGGAUGACCCUGACGGUGCUGGCCGUGGGCACAGAAUUCUGGGUGGAGCUCAACACCUACAAGCAGAACCAAUCCCUCGUCUGCGAGGCGGCCCACUAUGGCUUGUGGAAGUUUUGCCACAAGAAACUCUGGAUGGACGUUGUGGAGGAGGAGAGGGCUACCUGUGGACCUGCAGAGCUGCCUGGAGAAGCCAACUGUUCUUAUUUCAAAUUCUUCACUACUGGGGAGAAUGCUCACAUCUUCCAGAGGACUACUAAAAAAGAACUGAACAUCACGGCGGCCAUUGUGUCCCUCGUCAGCAUCACCCUAAUGGCCAUGGGGUCCCUCUGCAUCACGGUGGCUCUGAGCAAAGGGGUUGAAUUUCUCCUGAAACCAGCAUCUUGCUUCUUUAUCAUCUCAGGCAUUAUGGUGCUUGUAUGUCUGGAGGUUUUCCGGCACUCGGUUCGGUGGCUUAUCACCUCUGAUGAGACCAUCCCGCUGGAGUACGAGUAUUCCUGGUCCGUGGCUUGUGCAGUGGCGGCUGGGGCUAUCCUGAUCUUUGGCGGAGGCUGUUUUAUCCUUUUGUCCAUCCCUGGCUUGCCCAAAAAGCCCUGGGAAUACUGCAUGAAAAGCCGCAGCAGCAGCAGCAACGCUUCCUAAAAACCGUCCAGGAGAGAAUCCCAAAGUCUCUCUUUCUCUCAUUCUGCCAACAAACACAAUCAUACACACACACACACACACACACACACACACACAAAAUAUCACACACACAAACAAACAAACAUACAUAUACCUCCACCCACCCCUAGGGGGCAGAAAGAACCGACCUUCUCCCUCCUACAUGCCUGCCCUCUUUCUCCAUCCUCUGGACUCAGUUUUUUCCCUUCCCCGUGUUGUGACUUGUAAAUAGAACCUCUAGUGCUUGUUUUGUUUUAGAUUGGCGGGAGGGGGGGCGGCUAUGAGGAAAGGGCUCUGCUUGUGAAUGAGGGGACAGCUGUGCUAAUGAACUGAGAAAUUACGAGGGGAGGGAGGAUAAAGGGCUGUAUUUUAAACCCGGUUUUUAUAAAUGGCUAUUUAUAGCUCAAUGGAGGGGCCGUGUCUUGGACUCCUUUAAAUCUACGCCAUGCAGUCAAGCGUUAGAUUCUUGUCUCAGUUCCCCCCUUGAGUGAUGUGCCACGCUGAGCAAAAAUCCCAAUCUUCCCCCUGUAAAACUGAGUUUCUUCCUUUUUCUUCUUCGUACAACCUCCAAGUACAAAAAUUAAAAGCACCCUGUCCCCAACUGGCCCUAUGACUCGGUGGCAAAAAGCCACACACAGGAUCAGCCUAGAAAUCCCAAGGAAUUAUGGACAGGUACCCUGAAACACAGGGCAAUUUUUAACCAGUCAUUCUGGGUUAGAAAUUCUGGGUCCAUAAUUAAUUUCUGUCAAGGGCCCUACCAGCAGCCAUGAAGCUCAGUGCUUUCAAAAGUGAGGGGACUUCCAGACAAACUGCUUAUUGGGCACCCAUCCCUAUUUGUUUGCAAGAAGAUGAGGCAGUAUUGGCUAUUUAAUGAGCAUUACGGUAAUUCUGAUUUGUCUGUGAGAAAUUUAGGCAAAGUGGCAUCAAAGCGAGUGCCAUGCCACACUUUCCUGUGCAUUUCCCUGUCACUUUCCUUACUGCAAAAAAAGCAGAUCCUUUGGGAAAGCGGGUUCGUUGCACAAGCUCUCCCAAUCAACUAUAAUUGUGCACCCUGAAUUUGCCGGUACGCAAUAAAAUCCCACCAGAAUAUAGUGACAAUCUGGAAGCCCCCAAAAUGAAUUUAGAGGCAACCUUCUCAAAACAUGAAUUUUUCCUGUAAAAAAGUAAAUUUAUCCUGCUUUCACCUUUAAAAAAAUAGUUAACGUUUCCCAGUUCUUCCUGUUGUUAGAGGUGACGUAUUAAAGAAAGCAUGGAAAAUAUUAAAUGCCAAGGACUCAGUCCAGCUGGCAGCUCUUCCUCAGGUGCAGUUCUCUGCUUGUGGAGAAAAGGUGGGAGUAGAAAAUGCCCACCUUAAGAGCACCGUGUGGAGAAGAGGUACUAGGGGAACACAAAGAGCAAGUGGAUCAUAUCCUGAAUUCAGGGCAUUUGUGCUCAACAAGACUCCUUAAAUCUUAGGUAGUUGAGAUAAAUGUUAUGGAGAAUUUGGCAAAACCUAUAAAUAAGGGGAGUGGCAUUAAUAUAGAAAGUAAUAAUAAUAAUAAUAAUAAUUAAUAAUACAUACUUCUCGCAACUUGAAAUUCCAGAUUUGACUUUGUAAAUGCACCACUUUUUGAAUCUGGGGAAAGUUUCCUUUCAGCCCUGGCAAAGACCAUGCAGAGAGCUGUUGGCAGUCUCCCUUGAAGCUGAGAGUUCAGGAAGUUCUGUACCACAAUCUUAUUAUGGCAAUACACCAGAAGCAAGUGCCUUAAACAACAACAGCUGUGCAACGGAGGCUGGCCCAUCAGGGAGGGUGGGGCACUGCCUCACCUGCCUCAGUAUACCCUCCGCAAAAGCCUGCCUGCCUUCUGCCUUACAAACGAGGGCGUGGGGCUCGGCCUGGCUUGGCUCUGGCUCCACCUGCCAUUGGUCUCCCUGCCUCCUACCCAAGCACUCCCAGUGAACACCAGUCACCAUUACAACUGUGCGCUUCCAACUCUCAGGCACAGCUGUUAAAAGUUUCAGCCGAUUGACCUGUUGAUUAAAGUUUGCAGACCUUCUUGUCUUGGGAGGCUCAGCUUUCCAUACCACACAUAGCUGGGGGUGCACUCAUGAGCCCAUUUAAAAAAAUAAAAAAUAAAAGGAGGAAGGGUAUACCUACCAAAAUAUUUUUACCAAAGCAACUGCCUUUUACAAAUUCUUUUAAAGUUUAGCUCUAGGCUAGGGAUGCGACCUUCCAGAAGUUGAUGGACUCCCAUCGGAGAUA